AAAGUGCAACAGUAAGGCGGCAUGGCGUGGCUCCGCCGCUUUGUCAUCGGGCGAUCAGUCGCGGAGCGGCGGGCGCUUCGAGCGGAGAUAAGCCGAGCACAGCGGGUUCAGCUUUUGCGCGCGUGUACACGUAGGUGCGUUCGCGCGCGAGCCUCUGGACCGCAUCUUCCUCCGUGCCUGCCGCUCCUCUCGGCCCUUCGCCACCAUGCCCAUCCUCUUAUCCGUACUUUUCGCUCUUUCUCUUCACUCUCCGACUCUAGUCUAUGCAGCAAGCAUCCAUGGCGAUGCCCUCAACGAAAAUAUUGUCGAAGACGAAACUGUAAGGGACACCCUACGGCAAGUAAAUUUGGUAAUUCGUCAUGGCCAUCGAAGUCCUCAGAGUACAUACGAAAACGAUCCAUACAAAAACGAUGCCAUGGAACCGUUUGGUUGGGGUCAAUUAACUAGCGAAGGACGACGUUCUCAAUAUAAUCAAGGAAUUUUUCUGCGCAAAAGAUAUGGACAUUUCUUAGGUACCAAGUAUAGUCCUGAAAUAUUUUGGCUUCAAAGUACGGCAGUCGAUAGAGCAAAAAUGUCAGCACUUCUUGAAGCCGCCGCAUUGUGGAAGCCGGAUAACGAUCAAACCAUUGUAGAUGGUUUGGCUUGGCAACCAACGUCUUUGAACUACCAAACCAGCGAUAAAGAUACCCUCCUACUUAUAUGGGAAACUUGCCCAGAAUACGCAAGAAUGAGGGAAGCUGUGCUGAAAUCGCCGGAGAUUAAACAAAUCAAUAAGGUCAAUGAAGAUUUGUACCAAGUGCUUGAAGUACAUACAGGAGAAAAUAUGACAAAUCCUGAUGAUGUAUUUGACAUAUUCGCUACUCUGGAGGCUGAGUCAAGCAUGAACUAUACUUUGCCGGAUUGGACGCAGAUGUAUUAUCCCGAUAAGAUGAGAUCGCUGAGUAGUUUGAGCCUUCAAAUUAACGUGUACAACGAAUCGCUAUUAAAAAUGAAGAGCGCCCCACUUGUUUCUAAAGUUGUUAGCAAUAUGCUGCAAAAAUCGGAAGGAAUAUUAGUACCGAGUCAACGAAAAAUGUUCAUGUACGUUGGUCAUGACUCGACAGUUGUCAACAUUCUAGAGGGAAUGCAUGUUUGGGAUCUACAAAUACCUGCUUAUAGCACUAUGGUUAUGAUAGAACUUCACGAGGAUGAGGGACAAUAUUUUGUUCAGCUAUACCUCAGGAACUUGACUCAAUAUGAUCCUUAUCCACUUACCAUACCUGGCUGUAAUUUUGCCUGUCCUCUGGAUCAGUUUAGAAGUUUGUUGAGUCCAAUGAUUAUUACAGAAGAUGAAUGGAAUGAAGAAUGUGUUCUAAAAGAUCCCAAGUAUAUGCCUGGCUCUGUGCCACUGCCUUAGAUAAAUCAUCAAGUAAAGAAGGUUUUACAUGCCAUCAACUCGCCUACAUAUUGUUAUUUGAUCAAAGUGCAAGGAUAUUCGCAAACUGUAUACACCGUUUCUACAGAUCACUUAACUGUAUUUACGUUACUUGCAGUGAACUGUGAUUUUCUAUUAUAAGAAUCUGCCUCCAAUUAUAAAUACUCCGUACCUGUUUCUUAUUUAUUAAUAGUAUUUUCACAAUAUAUUAGUUGUUGAAUAAAAAUAUAUUGCUUUUUGAAUAACUUCUGGAGUGUGUUUAAGGAUAAAUCACUUUCAAAAUGUCUUAAAAAUGCAAUGUUUAAUGAUAAAUUUACUUGCGUAUCACUCAGUUUAAAAAUUAUCAAAAUGGAUAAGACAUUAAC